UGCGCUUCCCACUUUAUGAUCACGCAGCCCGGAGGGACGCAGAACCGUAAAUCAGCUCAGUGGUACUCUGGGAAGUGUUGGGCUACAGCAAAGGUCUGGAUUUAAUUCUGUGGAUCCUUCGAUUUACAGUUAUUUACAUUUAUUCAUUUAGCUGAUCCUUUUCCCUAAAACCACUUACGAUGUUAAUAUACCUACAAUUAUUUACCCAUUUUCACAGCUGAAAAAUUUUACCUUCAGUGGCACCACCAUUUGCUUAAAUUUCAGUUGCAUCGUGGGGUAAAUUUAUCACGCCCAAAAUGGUUCUGCCAAAGUUGUGCAAGUAUCGGGCUGAAUUUUGACCAGAGUGAGUUUUUCAGAGGGAGCGUUAGGCAACAUUUGCAGUUAAGCUGCAUCAGUGCUGUUCAGCACCAGGUGAUCUAAAUAAGAGGCCCUGAUAUGCUAACUGAUCCCUGUUUAACCUUUGACGCUAUAGAACCUCAUGCGAAACUUCUGACAAAAUACGUCAGCAGCGUUUCUGUCUCUCUGUGAUUUUCAGCUUGAACAGGAGCUUAAUAUGUAACAUUUAAAUUGAUGUGUUAUAAUGCAUAUAUUGUUUUUGUAUAUACCAAAACUCCUGUAAAAAUUUGAGCACAUUGUUCUUGCUUAAUAACCAACGUCCCCUCAUUAUGAACCUUACACUGCUCUGACAACUGUUUAUUGCAUGGUCACAUCUCCAUGAUUAAACCUCCUUUUUAAGUGUAACACAUGCGAUAUAUGAGGUGAGGCACAUACUAUGUUGAACCUGCCAGUUAAAAUGCAUUUCACAGCAUGUUCUGUAUUUACUCAAGGUGUUAUGUGUUAUUGCUUUCUGGAAGGAUUGAAAUGAAUGUGGCUUUAAUGUAGAUAGAUGGCACUUGGAAGUCAUGCCUGAAUUGGAAUACAGCAGUUACGCUUCCAUUAGUAGUGCCGUGUUCAUCCAUCCCUCUUUGUAUCUUCAGUAACCACUUGACAAGAGAUGUCAAGAUUAUUUUAGGAAGCAAAGGGGCUUUAGGUGACAUCACCACAGAAAGGACGCCGGUCCAUUGCACUCAUUCACUGAGGGGCAUUUCCGAGUCGCUGAUCCGUGGCACGAAGAACAUGUCUUUGAGUUGUGGGCGGAAAUCUGAGUAUCCGGAGGAGAGCCGCACGGAGCACUUUUAAAGUUUGCAGACAGGACCGGACCCAGAUUCUAACUCACAGCCCUGGAGAUGACCCUGCAGUGGGACACUGACCCCUCUGUUCUGCAGCUGCAGGCUGACUCUGAGCUCGGUCGCAGGAUGCACAGGCUGGGGGCAUCCAAAAUCACCCAGGUGGAUUUCCUGCCCAGGGAAGUAGUAUCAUAUUCCAAAGAGACACAGACCCCACUGGCAGCACAUCAGUCGGAAGAGGAAGAAGAUGAUGAGGAGGUCACUGAACCAAAACCUGGGGCUCAGUCCAAUGAGGAGGAUGAGGAGGAGAAGCAGGAGACUAACGAGAUCCACCCUAGAGAGCUGACGGAGGAGGAGAAGCAGCAGGUCCUUCACUCCGAGGAAUUCCUCAUCUUCUUCGACCGCACCAUCCGCGUGAUGGAGAGAGCGCUGGCCGAGGAGUCUGACAUCUUCUUCGACUACAGCGGCCGCGAUCUGGAGGACAAGGAAGGGGACGUUCAAGGUGGAUCGAACCUGUCUUUUAACCGUCUGUUUUACGAUGAGCACUGGUCCAAACAUCGAGUCGUCACCUGCUUGGAUUGGUCUCCGCAGUAUCCUGAACUGCUGGUGGCUUCUCACAACAACAAUGAAGAUGCUCCACACGAACCAGAUGGAGUCGCAUUGGUCUGGAACAUGAAGUUCAAGAAGACGACCCCGGAGUAUGUUUUUCACUGCCAGUCAUCAGUGAUGUCGGUGUGCUUCGCUCGGUUUCACCCCAACCUGGUGGUGGGGGGUACGUAUUCGGGGCAGAUCGUGCUCUGGGACAACCGCAGUCACAGGAGGACCCCCGUUCAACGGACACCUCUCUCCGCUGCGGCACACACUCACCCAGUGUACUGUGUCAACGUGGUGGGGACCCAGAACGCAAACAACCUGAUCACGGUGUCCACUGAUGGAAAAAUGUGUUCCUGGAACUUGGACAUGCUCUCCCAGCCUCAGGAAAGCAUGGAGCUGGUCUACAACAAGUCGAAGCCCGUGGCAGUGACGGGCAUGGCCUUUCCCACGGGAGAUGUCAACAACUAUGUGGUGGGAAGCGAGGAGGGGACUGUGUACGCAGCAUCCCGGCACGGCCUUAAGGCUGGCAUUGGGGAGAUGUUUGAGGGUCACCAGGGGCCAGUAACUGGCAUCAGCUGUCACAGUGCAGUUGGCCCCAUCGAUUUCUCUCAUCUCUUCACCACUUCGUCAUUCGACUGGACCGUAAAACUAUGGACCACAAAGCACAAUAGGCCACUGUACUCCUUUGAGGACAAUGCCGAUUACGUCUACGAUGUCAUGUGGUCUCCGGUGCACCCUGCCCUCUUCGCCACGGUGGACGGAAUGGGACGUCUUGACCUGUGGAACCUCAACAAUGACACAGAGGUGCCCUCUGCGAGUGUAACCAUUGAGGGAACGUCCGCUCUGAACAGGGUGAGAUGGGCAUCAGGGGGCAGGGAGGUAGCGGUCGGAGACUCGGAGGGACGCGUCUGGAUCUAUGAUGUAGGAGAGCAACUCGCCGUGCCCCACAUUGACGAAUGGAGCCGCUUCGCCCGCACGCUGGUGGAGAUUCGCGCCAACAGGGCCGACGGCGAGGAGGAGGGCACCGUGGAGCUGGCUGCGUAGCGCUUGCUGCAGCACAGGAGAAGUUCAGACCUGACUGCCACUCCAUUAUAUCACCCUUCCAAAAAAUACUGUGAUAACACUUUGUUUGCUGCUUUGUUUAUGUACCAAAUAACAGCUGCUGGAAUUUAAUUGUACUGAGUACCUGGAAUCCUGUGUUGACGUGUCCAUUGAUGGUACAGCUGCUAUUACAAUAUGUGGCUUACAAUGAUUACGUACAGAUGAGUCACCCAUAUAGUGUAGGAGCAAGCCGGAAGCGGCGUACUAUAGUAUUCAGCCUGCGUGUGCACUGUGCACUACUGUGCUUUGACCUUCUGCAGUUAUUUGCAUGAAAAAAAAGACAUUGAUGAGGAAAUACUGACUUGCUGGGCAUGUGUGCGGCGUCAUGUGCGACAGAUACUUCCGACUUCUUUCAUGUAAAUUUUACAGCGACUGCAAAGGGUUUUCAUUUGCAAUGGCCGAACAGCUUCCCUGCGCUUAUCAGUAAAUGGUUGAAUAUUAGUUUUCGCGUGAAAUAAUUCACAGCUGUUGACUGAUAGUUAUUCAAGUGACACAGAAUGCCAGUAUUUUUGGAUGUCUGUUAUUGCCUUCACUGAAAAACUCACAAUAAACAUUUGCGUUGUG